AUGUCGGAUCGCGAGAACGGCGGCAGCCCUCACGACUACCCAGGUGCCGGCGGCGGUGCACCAGCUGGCGGUGGUGACCCAGCUGCCCCGGAGCACCUCAACAUCAAGGUGACUGAUAACAACAACGAGGUCUUCUUCAAGAUCAAGCGAUCGACAAAGCUGGAGAAGCUCAUGAACGCAUUUUGCGAUCGUCAGGGCAAGUCGCUCAGUCAAGUCCGCUUCCUGUUUGACGGGCAGCGCGUCCAACCGACCGACACACCAGACACGCUCGAGAUGGCCGACGGAGACACACUGGAGGUCCACCAGGAGCAGGUUGGCGGUGCUUAA